UGAGCAUUGUUUUGAGUUUGUAACGCCCAAUGAAUUUAUAUUCAACUAUGAAUCAAAGAUGCCAUGCACCUUUAUAAUAUUCUAUUCUUGAUAAAUAUUUCUGCAAUCCUUGCACAGAAAUUACUAGAACGCGUUGAGGGAAGCGGAAAUGCACCCGCGCCUGCUUCGAUACGCAUAGUGGACGAUGAGGAUAUAUCGGACAAAGGAUCAGGACACAUACCUAUUGGCUCAGGCUAUAAGGACCACUCAAUGUACAAAGUACCCUCAUCAAUCAAAUCGCCAUCUUCACCUAGACCAACGCAGAUAACAGUCAUUCCUCAAACUUACGUGGGCAUCAAUACAACGACAACCGCGAAAUCUUCUAUACUCUCUCACACAUUUAUAUAUAGAUAUACAUCCGAAUCAAUUUCCCCUGUUCGGAUUACCAAAAAACUCGAUCUUAAGACUCUCAUCAAAACUCAACCUCCCACAAAAGCGACCAAAUUAACAACUUUGUACGCGACCUACCUUAACGGCGCAAUCGAUAAAAGCUCAUAUUACACUUCGACCCUUAGGCCAUACUCAUUCAAAACGCAUACACCUUUAAUACCGAAAAUCACGAAAUACAUUUAUUCCAACGAUAAUAUAAGCAACGAAAUAGGGAGUUUGAUCGGAACAAAGGACUUAAUGAUAAAAAAGACCCUGUUUUCCAGACCCGAGAUUUUAGCAACUGCGAUUGGUGGGGUGUGUAUAACGUUGCUCUGCGCUAUCCUAUUAAUUCUCUUCAUAAUAUACCGGCUUAGGAAAAAAGAUGAAGGGAGUUACGCGCUGGAUGAAACAAAACGCGCAUUAUCUCACCACCAUGCACAUACUUCAAAUACCUAUGCACUACCAGGAGGUCCUAAUAGCCCUUAUAGUAGAGGGGGAAGAGGCCCACCUCCAAUAAAAAAUUCGCUAAUUAAUAAAGAAUUUUAUGCUUAGGAUAAUCUCUCCUCAUGUUUUAAAUGACACAUAAAAAUUUUUUUGAUGCCGUGUUACUUUAAAUUUCUCUUUUUUUUAAAAAAAGUAAAAUUAUCCUCAAAACUUCCCUUGAUUAAAAAAUUUUUUUUAAAUUUAUACCCAAUUCAAUAACAAAUCCAAAUUUUUAUUUUACACAUGAAAAAGUGAAAGAAAUCUCAUUUUUUUAAAGCAUUUAAUUUUUUUGUGAUCUAUUGAAUUUUUUUUAUAUAAAUUCAUAUUUUUUUAUAACAAAUUUUAAGCAUUUUUUUCGCCAAAUAUGACACCUAGCAU